GGGGUUUUGGUGGUCUGUGACAACAAGGCGGUGGUGUCCCUGUGCUGCAGUGUUCCUGGGGCACAUCCUGCUGAGAGCCGGCCCUGCAGAGUGCUGGGGCAGAGGGGUGUGCUGUCAUGGAGAUCGCUGAUGGCUUGGAAGCCCUUCUGGGGCCAUCCCUGAUGGCUCGUGCUGCAGCCAGCUCUCAAGGAGGAACGGUGGCAGAUUUCUGGAAGGCGGUGGGUUGGACUGGAGAGGCUGAGCAGUGUCAUACAGAGCUCUCCUCCUCCUGCUACCUUUGUAACUGACGUGCAGUCUGCUGGGUUUUCUUUCAUGCUUUUCUGUUCUGUAUUUGUAAGAUGAGUCUUCUGUUGCAGAAGCAGGUUUCAGUGUCUGUGAUGGCUCUGCGAGGAUCUAAUGAAUCCCCUCAGGAACCUGUCUCCCGGUUGUGCUUUUCUUUCUUCCCAGAGAUAAACCACGAUGUGUUCUCUUGUACAAGCAGACCUUGCAGCACUUUGGGUAUAACAGGUUUUGUUUCAAAGAUUUGGCCAGGUGUUUCUGGAGUUGGUUGUUCUGCAAGCGCAUCGCCGUGGCAUUCCCUUUCAACCUUUUCUUCUUCCUCCAUUAAUGCCCAUAAUACUCUGUUUGCUUAUGGGUUAAAAAAGAAAGGGUAAUGAAGGAAACAGGAACUUCAUUUUCAGAAUAGGAAGGUGUUUGUGGCCGGGGUGUGGGGAGGUGGGGCAGCUGGAAGGUGCGUGAGGAAGGCAUGCCUGGGUUGGCACGUGUGUCUGAGUGACCUGUGUGCCUGUAGGAAGCAAGGUUCAGAAUGAGCCACGGAUCGUUGGUCCCAUCAGGCUUUGGCAUGGUUGCCUGUUGUAUUUCCUCGUGUUCAUCUGAGGCUGGGGACAGCUGAGUGCCAGCUUGCUCCUUUUAUUGCUGACAUAGGUAGCGCUAAUGAGUUUGAUAAUAGCAGCUAGAUGACGUGGGAAUAUAUUUUCCCUUUGGAGACUGUCUCCAAUUUGUUAUGUAGAACCAUAUUAAGAUUUCUGUUUCCUCUGAAGUCAUCCAGCAGCAGGCACAACCUGGGUAGCUUUUGUUUGUGCAUCCAGUCCGUGGCAUUCGUUCUGCUCCAGAUUCAGUUGCCUUUGCCCAUGGCUUUCCCUUCACACUGUUCUGCAGAGCAGACUGCUGCUGCUCUCAGGUCUGUGGCUGAGUGCUCUGCUGAGCGCAUGUGGCCGCACUCUUCCUCAUAGGGCAGCUUCACUUUGCCAGCAGCAUUUGGACUAGAUUGCAAACACUUGAAAGGGUGAGUCACUCCGUGCCAUGGCAGAGCAAGCUCCUCAUUGCUUCCUGUGCUGUAGAGGUUGUUUGACCUCCAAAGCAGAGCGGCACAGCCCUGCUUCUGCCUCCUCUCUGCUGUGUUCCCAGUGCUGGGACUUCGCAUACCCUCCUGUGUGCCCUGGUUUGAUCUGAGGUGGUCUGGGUCUGCUCACCUGCGGCUCUGAGUUCUGACACCCUCUGGAAGCAAAAAGAAAUGGCCUCUCAGAAUACUUCCUCUUCCUGAAGUGUCAGGUGUGUCAUCCCUCCUACGUGAGCACUGUGCUGGCUGCACAUGCAUUUGUUUAACCUCAAUUCGGCUCCGCUGAUUUAUCAAGUCCUCUUGCAAGCGCUGCGUUGCAGGACUGAAAAAUCACUUCUUUGUGAGGCUGUGCUUGAGGAGUGAGCAGGGUGGGUUAAUCAAGUUAGUUAGAAACUCCAUUAAGGCUUAGGAGCAGUGAGAAGGACAGCUUUUCUGAGCUGCCAUGUGUAAUGCUAGCUGGAGUUAGAGCUCAGGCUGCACACUGAAAUUCCGACUCGCAGGUAAUGUGUCUGAAAUAACUUUGUGGUUUGAAAACCGUGUAUGUAAUGUGUCGCUUUCUGUUUGGUUCUACAACAAAACAAAACUGGGUUUAAGUGUUGCUUACAGCAGUAGUGUUGCUGCCACUCGGUCUGUGAGCCAUGAGCAGCAGUUCUGAGCUGCAGGCAGCUGGGAGCUGUUGUCCGUGGGCAGCAGCUUCAGUCCCCCACUCUCCUGUUGGGAAGAGCUGCAGAGCAGCACAUGGCCAGGGCUGCUGCUGGGAGCCAUGGCCUUGUUGAAGGCCCUCUGCAUAUCUGCAUGCACUUAAAAUUCCUUAAAAUCUAUGAAACUUGUAUCUAAAAUUUCAGGCAGAGUGGUUUUAAUUUGUAUAGAAGAUGUGAUAAAGGCAUUGGACGUGUUAUGUUAUAGGAAGACCUUAAAGCGUUUUGUGUUUGUGUUUACCUGCACGUACAUGCGUGCUUGUGGGUUCAAAUGAUCCGCUGGUACUGCUGGGUUCACACUGCAGCAUCGGCGCUUAUUAACAUGAGAGGCACUGCGCACAGAGCAGAAUGUGGCACUGAAUGGCUUCUGUGUGUUGUGCAGAGCUUGUGUGUUCAGUUAGGAUUUUCUCAAAAGGUUGAUUCCCAGCUUCUCGUCAGAACAUUCUGUGCAGGCCUCUGCAGCAAGAAAAAUUGGACCCAAUUUAAAUAGACAGUCUUGUGAAUCCUGAAAGAAUUUGGGCAUUUAGCCCAGGAAAGGGAGAGUUCUCUGCAAGAACUUCAUUAACCCUGUCUGUCAGCAGAAUAAGGAAUCAAAGUAGCUGUGCAGACUUCCCGAAGCACAGAUCUCCUUGUUCUGCCCCGCAGCCGCGACGCGCAGCGCUGAUCCAGGAGCUGUGUCUGCAGGAGGGGCGGUGGAUGUGCCCUGGGGAGACGGAGCCGAGAACAGCCUUACACAUGGAAGAGCGGGUGCUGUCAGUUCCAGAUCCUCAGGAAUGUGUAGGGAAAGACACUGUUUUACUAGUAUAGGUGCUGAUACAGUCAUCCUUACCAUAUCUAGUGGAGGAAGGAUCCAAACGUAUUUCUAGUGUGGCUGUUUUUGCAAGUAGAAAAAUGUUAAACCUUUUUACUCUGGGAAGAGUUUCUGCUUCCGUUUGGCUGCUCCUGCAGGGUCUGGAUGCCGGGAAGCUCCUGCAGCAUCUGGCUGCUGUGUCUGCUUCACGCAGGCUUUACGAGGUGGCUUUGAAGUUGCCUUUGGAUUUGAAUCGUAUGAGUCUUCAGAUUGGCUGUGCUGCGUGGUCCUCAGCAUCAUUUCCUGUGACUUUUGAUUAUGAGAAAUGUAAAUACUUCAAGCUGUUGUCCUGAUGUUUUGAAGUUAGGUGUGCAUAUAUUAAAAACAUCCCCUGGGUUCCUUUGCCCUGCGUGAGAGCCAGGUGUGCUGGCUGCAAGGGCUGCGGCGCAGAGCACCCCUCAUGGCCACGUGUGAGGGUACUGCAGGCAGGUGGAGAGAUGUGGCAGUGUCUGGCAGUGAACAGAUAUGACACGAAUAUAUUUCUAGCUCAUAUUUAAUCUUUCCUUCAUCGGAAAUGAAUGAGUUCUGAGGAGGAUAACAUACAUGUUCUUAAAUAAUUUGGCUUCAGGCUUGAAAGCCGUAUUGCAUUAUAAGUUAGAAGAUAAGCAUGUUGUUGCAUGCUUAGUAAGCAACAUGGUAAAAUUCCAGGUAGAUUGAGUAUGUGUUUGUUUUCAACAGGUUUUGUUAAUGCUAGUAGUGGCCUGCGAGGUCUGUCUCUGCUGUUUCAAAGACUGUGAAAAUGAAUCACAGAAUGAGAGAAUGGCCUGGGUUGAAAAGGGCCACAAUGAUCAUCUCAUUUCAACCCCCUGCUAUGUGCAGGGUCGCCAACCAGCAGCCCAGGCUGCCCAGGGCCACAUCCAGCCUGGCCUUGAAUGCCUCCAGGGAUGGGGCAUCCACAGCCUCCUUGGGCGACCCAACACUUUUAGAAGGCUCAGAACUGCACAUAGAAGAGUAUGAAUUAAGAAGCCUUGGCUUCUUGUCUGAAUUGUAUGCAUAUGUGAGUGCCGGCUGGAGAAAAACACAGCCUGCUGUUGCUGGUCAGUAUUUACUGUAUUACCUGUCUUCAGAGGAACUGUUUUUCGCUUUAAAUGCAGCUGCCUGCUGUCCAUAUGGGAAUUCCCCAAAUGGGAAUAAGCUCCAGGUAGCUUAAAGUUUGUUGACUUAAUGUCAUUUUGCUUCUAGGUUGUGGAACAGUGAACUGCAGUGUCUGUCACAGUAUUUGUAUAAUGAAUAUCAGUUGUUGACAUGAAAAAGCUGUAGGGCUUCUCAGCCAUUUUGCUGCAGCAUUCUUGGCAGGUUUGGGGUGUUCAGGAGGCCAGCACCCCGUCACUGCCUGCUAAGGCUGUGCAAACUAGGAUCUCAAUGGAAAGUCAACGUGAGAUGUUAGCACAGUGCUGUCAGGGUAAGCACCGUCCCAGUGUGGGAGGCUCAGUGCUGCUCUGCAGGCAGGGGAUGGGUGCUUCCAUCACCACGGCCUCGGGGGCUUGGAACCACUUGUGUUUGUCACUGAUGGCUGUGCCUUGGUUUCUGUGCUACCUCUGAAAUUAGGAAUUUAGUAGAUGGAUAACAGUAUUGUGGUACGUUUGUUCUUGCAGGUCAUUUCCAUAGUUGGAAUGUUUGUAACUUGCAUUCAUAUGAGUUGGAUGAAGAUAACCUUCUGAAAGGCUUCAAAAACAUCGUCUGUUAAAUGUCGUUCACAUGAACUUUGAUUAAAACAAUGCAGCGUGGUGUCCUUAGGACUUAGAACUAUUGGCAGCUCUAGUUUGGAGCACAGUUAUUGGAUGUGUGUGGUGGUUGAUGCUUUGUUACGUGCAGCACCAGAGCCAGGCUCUGCCAUCUGAAGCUUCCCUGGUUCCACAGAUGGAGAAAGCCAAUUUCUGCCUGCUCUGGUUUGAACUUCAGAGCUUAUGUCAUCAGAAUGAAUAACGUUUUAUUGGAUAGUAUAUUAGCCCUUUGGUCAUGGAUGUCAUUACUAAACCUCAUAUAAGGUUGUGUAACUGGAUGAUAUUGUUUUCAAGUUCGUUCACACUUCCAUGUAUUUUAUGCAUUCCUGGGCACUGCAGGUGCACCGUAUUCGCACACUGCUGCGUUUGCUGGUGUGUGUGUAGAUACAGUUUCUUCUUAACACAGAGCCCAAGAUUUUGAUGCUCCUAGCUGAUGACACAUCAGCAUUUGUGCAGCAGUUUCUGCCUGGAUUUGCUCAGUGCAGCCUGGACACGCAGUAGGACAGCAGCGGUCCAUGGGGCGGCCCUUCCCAAGUCCUCCCCACGCGGUACUGCUUCGCUGUCCUUGCAUUUCAGUGGCAUUCCUCGCGAUUUUUCCUUUAACAUUUGUAUUUAUAGGGGCCUUUUUCCAGCGUUGGCAGGUGUGUAUUUCACGUUACCAUGAGGGGUUUUUGGAUGUUAGACUGUUACUUGCUUAUGGUAAUUUCCAGUCGUCAUAAGGUGACUGAGAGAGAUGAGCGGAGAGGAAAAAAAUUGUCAAGCAUUUACAGUAAAUACUCCCUGCUUUUGGAAACACUGUCAGAAGUUUAAUUGUUGGGUUCAAGUGAGUUUGUCACACGCCAGACAGAAGCAGUCUGCUGCGAGGAGCAGGUCGUGCCCUCCCACCAGGCAAAAGGGAGAGUGAGAAGCAGGGCUGUGCGGGGCUGCGUCACCUGGCGCUGCAGAAGGGAUGGGGCAGGCGGCUGAACCCAGCCUGUAAUGAGGUUCUGCACGGCGGCGUGCAUGGCUGCGCUUGCUUUGCCAAAGCUCUUCAGUAUGAUGGAUGAGAUUUAAAGGUUGAUCUGCCUAAAUUGCAAUGAGAAUACUAACGACUGAGAUAUUUCUGUUGUGAACUAUUCCUACCAGACAUCACAGCCGUGACAGAAAUGGUGUAAGAUAAUGGACAAUAAAAGUCACUCGGAAAUAAUACUCUCCCAGGACUGGGCUGCCUUCGGCACAGCACGUACCCUGAACCGCAGCGAUAAUGUAAUCAUGAGCCAAGAUCAUCAUUUAAAUAUAUAGCCCGCAGGUCCGGCAGCGCUUGGCAUGUGGGCAUGGAGGGGCAGCACGAGCACCCGCAGCACCUGGGGGACCAGACCAGCGCGCUCUGCAAGCUGCCAGGCCAGGACUUCCAGCACGACCCGCAGAGACAUUUAACAUCAUACCCGUAUCGCUGCACACUGGCAGACUUUCAGAUAGAGAAGAAGAUCGGACGAGGACAGUUCAGUGAAGUUUACAAAGCAACUUGUCUUCUGGACAGAAAACCUGUGGCAUUAAAGAAAGUUCAGAUUUUUGAAAUGAUGGAUGCCAAGGCUAGGCAAGAUUGCAUUAAAGAGAUUGACCUCUUGAAGCAACUGAACCACCCCAAUAUAAUUAAAUAUUUGGAUUCUUUCAUUGAAGACAAUGAACUUAACAUUGUCCUGGAGCUGGCAGAUGCUGGUGAUCUCUCCCAGAUGAUAAAGUAUUUUAAGAAGCAGAAACGGUUAAUCCCAGAAAGGACGGUGUGGAAAUAUUUUGUGCAGUUAUGCAGUGCGGUUGAACACAUGCACUCCCGCAGGGUGAUGCACAGAGACAUAAAACCAGCCAAUGUGUUUAUAACAGCCACAGGGGUGGUGAAGCUGGGAGAUCUUGGAUUAGGCCGGUUUUUUAGUUCUAAAACCACUGCAGCACAUUCCUUAGUGGGAACUCCAUACUAUAUGUCCCCAGAAAGAAUACAUGAAAACGGCUAUAACUUUAAAUCCGAUAUCUGGUCUUUGGGCUGUUUAUUGUAUGAAAUGGCAGCUCUUCAGAGUCCUUUCUAUGGAGAUAAAAUGAACCUGUUUUCUCUUUGCCAAAAAAUAGAGCAAUGUGACUACCCGCCUCUUCCAGCUGAACAUUAUUCGGAGAAGCUCCGGGAGCUGGUCAGCAUGUGCAUAUAUCCCGAUCCAGAUCAAAGACCUGACAUUGGUUACGUGCACCAAAUAGCAAAACAAAUGCAUGUUUGGACCUCCAGCACCUGAACCGUCUGCAGACACUCUCAAAAGCCAGCACAGCUUAGUCUUACUUGAAUUUUUUUUCUCAGAUGAAACCGACUGGUGCCUGGGCAGCGAGCGAGGGGAGCGCGUAGCAAGGCGCUCCAUUAUUUCUGCAGGUUAUUUGACAAGGACUCUCACAAGGUGGUCAUGCUUUAAAGUGAAGAUUCUGUGAGGUAUUGCAAGUGAUUUUUUUUUUUUUUAAGCCAAUAAGAUGUUACAGGUGUAGAUCAUUUAAGGGUCUUUUCUUAAACUGUCGUGUGUAAUGUAGGAUAGACGAUAUUAACCGGGGUGUCAGCGUUGGGCGCACCUCUUCUAUCUUAACUGUAAUGUGAAAUAUUGAAAUAAUUCCUUCAGUGAAAUCACUUUAUACUAAUGUAAGAAUUGCAGUAGAUUUUGUGUCGUUUGUAUAACUGCUACUUCGCCUCUUCCGCAAAUGGUUUAUAGCAAAUUUCAGUUUUUACUUUGUGUAUUUUAAAGCAUCCAUUUACGUGUUUUUAUUAAUUCCCUCCUUCAGACUUAGAACUGGGAGGGCUUUGGGGGGUGGGAGGGGGUAGAAAUGCAUUUAUUUCAUGACUUUUUUUUUUUUAACUGAAAACUUAGAGUGAGUAUUUUGCCGAUGCAUUUGGCUGUUAAUUCAGCCACGGAGCUGAAUUCAGCACACAGCUGGGGAAGAAAACCCACAAAUCCUGUGCAAAGCGUGCUUCAGCAGGGCCUUCCUGAGCACCUGUUGUCCCAACUCUUCUGAGGCUGCAGGUUGUUAUGAAAGCAGUGUUUCUCUCCCCCAGCUGUGUUUUUGGGAAGAUGCUUGUACACGUUCAGUAGUAUAUUAGGUACCAGUAGGUAGAACUUUAAGCAAAGCAGUGUUUUAAACUAUUUGAGGCGUACAGAAACCAAGUCAGCCAAAGGCUCCGCGUAUCUUAUUCCACACAAGGAUCAGCCCCGUCUAUUUAACUGUGAAAGCUGAUUUAGAAUGUGAAUUUUUAUAAAAAUCUCAAGCUGAUUAGAAGGGGUCAUCUUCUUUAAAUUAAAACCUUAAACCAACUAAAUUCAUUCAUUGAAUCAAUGAUUUGUUUCAUUACUGCCAUUGAAAAACAUCGCCUGCUCCAGGAGCAGCCCUGGAUGGGCGGCGCAGUGUUUGCAGUGUGUUGGGGCGCAGCGGUGCAGUGCGGGAGCAGCGCUGCUCUGCUGGUGCUGAGCUGCAGUCUGUGCUGCAGUCCCAGUGCAGCCUCUGCCUCUGCUGGUUUUCUUCAAGAAAUGAAUACAAGCCUGAACUUUUUUUUUUUUCCAAUAAGAGUAGGGUUAGAGGGUUAUAUACUCAUAUAUGCUUUUAGUGGAUUUUUUUAACUUGAUUUUCUCUACUUAAAGGAAAAUUGCAGUGCCAUCUUCAACUACUUUCCACCAAAUUUUGUGUAUUUUUGUAGGGUAGCAAGGAAAACUACUAAUUGCUGUGAAUGAUGUUGGUAUCAUUAAUGCAAGGUGCCAUUUUAUCGUGGCUUCUCAGCAGGAAGCUGAGCCUGCUGCUCUCCUGAGAGCCCAAGGAAAUUCAAAUCAGCACGAGAAUGGAGGAGAGGCGGCGCGUUGCUUCCCACAUUCCCAUGCCAACUUGUUUAAUUUAUAGCCAUCUUCUUUAGAAAUUCUUGGGUGUAAGACUUCAGACUGUCACCUUUACACUGCAGGUUUCCUUUAAGCCAUGGCAGCAGUGGGCCGGGCUGGCUGUGCUGUGCUGCUCGUGGUGGAGUACCAGCAGAGGGGCGCACAGCUCCAACUGCAGUGCCUCGAGCGCUCCGCUGUCGUGCUACAUAAAAUUUAUUAGUGCCUAUAAGUAAAUGUAUUUCAAAAGGUAAUUUUUUUGCAAUUGUGCAUUUUUAGAUAAAUAAAAAAAUGAUUUACAAAAUAAA